UGUUAUCUUGUGUAAUGGGUAGCUGUUGUUGAAGUGGUUUUGGUGUACUUUUGCAUUCCUAGUAGGCUCGAGUUGGUGAAGAUCGGUAGUUGGGAGCCCAUGUGUGGCUUAAUACGCCAUUGUAUUUCUGGUUUCCAAUUAAUAGAUACUGACUACCUGUAACAGUAUUACGUCUUCUUCUGAGUAGCUUCAGUUUAAUUCAGUGGCGUGUGCUUCACGUGGGGAAAAAAGACUAAACGGGCCCUGCAGUCUUUUCAUUGUGCAUUAUCUUUCUCAUCGGAUCUCGGCAGUGUUGUAUCCCAGAAGUUUUACAUCUUAGUAGAUGAUGGUGGCCUCAUUAAUUCUGGAAGAUGGUACUGUUUUUAAGGGAAGACGUUUUGGAGCCAUGAAUUCAGUAUCGGGUGAAGUGGUGUUCCAGACUGGUAUGGUGGGAUAUCCAGAGGCUUUAACUGAUCCAUCUUACAAGUAUCAGAUAUUGGUCCUGACAUACCCGCUGAUAGGAAACUAUGGCAUACCGAAGGAUGAAAAUGAUGAGUACGGGCUUAGCAGGGUGUGGACACACGAGCACUGACAAAGAAGAUACGAGAAAAGGGCACUAUGUUGGGAAAGCUGCUUUUGGAUGACAAUCCUCCGGAUACUGUUGAAAGUAUUGACCCUAACAAGAUUCACCUGACUGUUGAGGUUUCAGUAAAGGAGCCAAGAGUUUUUAACCCAGAUGGCAGUUUAAAGAUAUUUGCGGUAGACUGUGGGAUAAAGUACAACCAAAUCCGCUGCCUCUGCAGCAGGGGAGCAUGUGUGACUGUUGUUCCAUGGGAUUAUCUUCUUGACAGCAAAGAGUAUGAUGGCUUGUUCAUAAGCAAUGGACCUGGAAAUCCAGAAUUUUGUCAGAAAACCAUUGAGAACAUCAAGCACGUCAUCAUGAAGGAAAAUCCCAAGCCUGUGUUUGGAAUCUGUCUGGGUCAUCAACUUCUGUCGCUUGCAGCUGGAGCAAAAACUUAUAAGAUGAAAUAUGGUAAUCGUGGGCACAACCAGCCAUGCAUCCAUGAAGACAGUAAACGCUGUUUCAUCACGUCCCAGAACCAUGGGUUUGCUGUUGAUCCAAAGACUUUGCCCAAGGACUGGGCCAUCCUUUUUAGCAAUGCAAAUGACUUUUCCAAUGAAGGGAUCGUUCACUCCACCAAACCUUUUUUCAGUGUCCAGUUCCACCCAGAACACAUGGCCGGUCCCAUGGAUCUUGUAGGUCUUUUUGAUGUGUUUUUAAAAGCUGUGCAAAUUUCCAAGUUGGCAGGACAUGAUGGCACAACAGUUAAACAAAUGCUAACAGAAAUGCUUACUUAUAAGAAUUCUCCAUCACUGAGUGACAUAGUCCGUCCUCGCAAGGUCCUGAUUCUGGGUUCUGGUGGCCUGUCUAUUGGACAGGCAGGAGAGUUUGAUUACUCUGGGUCUCAGGCUGUGAAAGCUUUGAAAGAAGAGAACAUACAAACCGUUCUUAUUAACCCCAAUAUUGCUACAGUUCAGACGUCAAAGGGACUUGCUGAUAAAGUAUACUUUCUCCCUAUUACUGCAGAGUAUGUAACACAGGUGAUAAAGAAUGAGCGUCCAGAUGGCAUUCUUCUCACAUUUGGUGGUCAGACAGCACUAAACUGUGGAGUGGAGCUGACUAAACAGGGGAUUCUGGAGAAGUACAAUGUCAGUGUUCUGGGGACUCCUGUUUCGUCCAUUUUGAUGACUGAGGACAGGAAAAUCUUUGUAGAGAAAAUGGAAGAGAUUAAUGAGCACGUGGCCCCAAGUGAAGCUGCUUUGUCUUUGGAUCAGGCUCUUGCUGCUGCUGAAAAGCUAGGGUAUCCUGUGUUGGUGCGAACUGCUUUUGCAUUAGGAGGUCUUGGAUCUGGAUUUGCCAACAACAAAGAGGAGCUGACCACUCUGGUGACGCAGGCUUUUGCUCAUUCGUCACAGGUUCUUAUCGACAAAUCACUGAAAGGCUGGAAGGAGAUAGAAUAUGAGGUUGUCCGUGAUGUGUAUGAUAACUGUAUUACAGUAUGUAAUAUGGAGAAUGUUGAUCCCUUGGGGAUUCACACAGGGGAGUCUAUUGUAGUUGCACCCAGUCAGACCCUGAAUGAUAAGGAGUACAAUAUGCUGAGAAGUACUGCAAUCAAAGUAAUACGACAUUUGGGUGUUGUUGGUGAAUGUAACAUCCAGUAUGCUCUGAGCCCAGAGUCUGAACAGUAUUACAUUAUUGAAGUGAAUGCCAGACUUUCGCGGAGCUCUGCACUUGCUAGUAAGGCAACUGGCUACCCCUUGGCAUAUGUGGCUGCUAAACUUGCACUUGGAAUUCCUCUUCCUGUUCUAAGGAACUCUGUAACUAAUUCUACUACUGCCAACUUUGAGCCUAGUCUGGACUACUGUGUUGUGAAGGUCCCUCGCUGGGAUCUGAGCAAGUUCUUGCGGGUCAGCACCAAGAUUGGCAGUUGCAUGAAGAGUGUUGGUGAGGUCAUGUCUAUUGGCCGCUGCUUUGAAGAAGCUUUCCAGAAGGCAUUGCGAAUGGUGGAUGAAAAUUGUGUAGGGUUUGAUCACACUUUGAAGCCUCCUUCCGAUGAGGAACUUGAGACCCCCACUGACAAGAGAAUAUUUGUUCUUGCUGCAUCAUUGAAAGCUGGCUAUACCAUUGAACGAUUGUAUGAACUAACAAAGAUCGAUCGCUGGUUCCUUCACAAGAUGAAAAACAUCAUUGACCAUUUAAGCGUCCUGGAGUCAUAUAAGCAGAAUGAGAGUAACAUGCCUAUUGAAGUUCUUAAAAAAGCCAAGCAGUUGGGUUUCUCUGAUAGGCAGAUUGCACUUGUAGUGCACAGCACUGAACUGGCUGUUAGGAAGAAGAGACAAGAGUGGAAUAUCCUCCCUGUGGUGAAGCAGGUUGAUACUGUUGCAGCAGAAUGGCCCGCCCAGACCAACUACCUGUAUCUGACGUACAAUGGCACGGAGCAUGACCUUGAGUUUGAUGAUGUCCAUGUCAUGGUCAUUGGCUCAGGGGUGUACCGUAUUGGAAGCAGUGUGGAAUUUGACUGGUGUGCAGUGCGCUGUAUCCAAGAGUUGAGAAAGAUGGGGUUCAAGACCGUGAUGGUUAACUACAAUCCUGAAACAGUCAGCACGGAUUACGACAUGUGCGACAGGUUGUACUUCGAUGAAAUCUCAUUUGAGGUGGUUAUGGAUAUUUAUGAACUGGAGAACCCGGAGGGAGUAAUUCUGUCCAUGGGUGGACAGUUACCCAACAACAUUGCCAUGUCUCUUCACCGUCAACAGUGUGUGAUCUUGGGCACUUCUCCUGAGUAUAUUGACAAUGCUGAGAACCGUUUCAAAUUCUCCCGAAUGCUCGACACUAUUGGGAUUAGCCAGCCACAGUGGAAGGAGCUGUCUGACAGAGAGUCUGUGAAGCAGUUUUGCAACAAUGUUGGCUAUCCGUGUGUAGUUCGUCCAUCCUAUGUUCUUAGUGGGGCUGCAAUGAAUGUGGCGUACUCGGACACUGACUUGCAGAAAUUCCUCAGUAGUGCUGUUGCUCUCUCCAAAGAACAUCCAGUUGUUAUCUCUAAGUUCAUACAAGAAGCAAAGGAAAUUGAUGUAGACGCUGUAGCUUGUGAUGGAGUUGUUAUAGCCAUUGCUGUCUCAGAACAUGUUGAGAACGCUGGUGUCCAUUCUGGAGAUGCUACACUGGUAACCCCUGCCCAAGACAUUAACCAGAGGACUAUGGAGAGAAUCAAAGCUAUCGUCCAUGCCAUCGGUCAGGAACUGCAGGUUACUGGACCUUUCAACUUGCAGCUUAUUGCUAAGGAUGACCAGCUAAAAGUGAUAGAAUGCAAUUUGCGAGUUUCCCGUUCAUUUCCUUUUGUCUCAAAGAGUCUUGGAGUAGAUAUGGUAGCUCUGUCUACCCAGGUUAUUAUGGGAGAAGAGGUGGAACCUGUUGGGCUUAUGAAAGGAACUGGAGUUGUUGGAGUCAAGGUACCUCAGUUCUCAUUUUCUCGUCUGGCUGGUGCCGAUGUUGUUCUUGGUGUUGAGAUGACAAGUACUGGAGAGGUGGCUUGCUUUGGAGAAAAUCGUUAUGAGGCUUACUUGAAGGCUAUGCUAAGCACUGGUUUCAAAAUACCAAAGGAAAACAUCCUUUUGUCCAUUGGUAGCUACAAGAACAAGAGCGAGCUGCUGUCCACUGUGCAGACUCUUGAAAGUUUGGGCUACAAUCUCUAUGCCAGUUUGGGAACUGCUGACUUCUAUAGUGAACAUGGAAUAAAGGUAAAGGCUGUAGACUGGCCCUUUGAAGACACAGAUAAUGACUCCCCUUUUAAAGAAAAGCAGAGGAGUAUCAUAGAUUACCUGGAAGAAAACCAUUUUGACAUGGUGAUUAACCUUUCCAUGAGGAACUCUGGAGGUAGACGCUUGUCAUCUUUUGUUACCAAGGGCUAUCGUACAAGGAGGUUAGCAAUAGACUACUCUGUUCCACUGAUCAUUGACAUCAAGUGCACCAAAAUGUUUGUAGAGGCUUUGCGUCGGAUUGGAGGUGCUCCACCUGUUAAGACCCAUGUAGACUGUUUGACAUCACAGAAGCUUAUCCGCUUACCAGGUUUAAUUGAUGUCCAUGUCCAUCUACGAGAGCCUGGUGACACACACAAAGAGGACUUUUCAUCUGGCACAGCGGCUGCUUUGGCAGGUGGUGUGACCAUGGUGUGUGCCAUGCCAAACACUAAACCAGCUCUUGUGGAUCAGAACACUUUCACUUUGGCAAUGAAGCUGGCUGAAGCAGGUGCUCGCUGUGAUUUUGCUGUCUUUGUUGGGGCCUCCUCGGAUAAUGCUAGCGCUCUACCUGAAUUCGCCUCUAUGACUGCUGGGUUGAAAAUGUACUUGAAUGACACAUUUUCUUCUUUGAAAAUGGAGAAUGUUUCUCUGUGGAUGGAGCAUUUUGAGAAGUGGCCCAAGCAUUUGCCCAUAGUUGCUCAUGCUGAAAAACAGACUGUUGCAGCAAUUCUUAUGGUGGCUCAGCUGUACCAGAGGCCUAUCCACAUUUGCCACGUUGCUCGUAAGGAAGAAAUUCAAAUAAUCAAAGCUGCAAAACAGAAAGGUGUUCAGGUGACCUGCGAGGUGGCACCACACCAUUUGUUCCUUUGCCAGGAAGAUCUUGAUAGAAUUGGGCAUUCCCGAGGUCAGGUGAGGCCAAUGCUGGGGACCAGAGAAGAUAUGGAAGCACUUUGGGAAAAUCUGGAUACCAUUGACUGUUUCGCUACAGAUCACGCACCUCAUACGGUAGAAGAGAAGACUGGAGAGAGGCCACCACCAGGCUAUCCUGGCCUGGAAACCAUGCUACCAUUGCUGCUGACUGCUGUCAGUGAGGGUCGUUUAACUGUUGAAGACAUAGUUAAGCGUCUGUAUGAAAAUCCACGCAAGAUCUUUUCUCUGCCUGUUCAGCAGGAAACGUACAUUGAGGUUGAUUUGGAGCACGAGUGGACAUUUCCCAGUUGCAUGCAGUUUACCAAAUCCAAAUGGACCCCAUUCGAAGGCAUGAAAGUGAAAGGAAAAGUAAGGAGGGUCAUUUUGAGAGGAGAGGUGGCUUAUAUCGAUGGACAGGUUUUGGUUCCUCCUGGAUAUGGUGAAGAUGUGAAAAAAUGGAAUUCAAGGAUCUCUGUUCCUCCACUUCCUCCACAACAUAAAGAGGUCAUCAAGACUCCAGAGAGACGACCAGUAGUACAUAGUGAGGUUAUCCGGAGUAGAGCCCCCAGCCCUCGCAGAGGAGGAGGAGCAGCUGCCGGUGAAGGAAGAUUCCACCUCCCACCCAGAAUCCAUCGUUCUUCUGAUCCUGGACUGCCUCAGGUAGAUGGUGCGAUUUCAACCACUCCCCUGAUAGAAAGGAAUAUUUCUGGCAAAAAAUGUUUGAAUAAUCACCAAACACCUGGUACAGUACGAGCAGCUGAAGAAAUUAAAGAAAGACUUCUCAACAGUGCAGAUGAACAAGAUGUGACAUACUUCCAAGAUGGCCACCCUCUUUCGACACAGAUAACACGUCUGUCACCUCAGAGUGUGCCACUGCAAAGUGUCCCACAUCUGCAGACUUCACCACUGUUGCAUCCUUUGAUUGGGCAGCACAUCUUGUCAGUAAAGCAGUUUUCUAAAGAGCAGAUGUCUCAUUUGUUUAACAUUGCACACAAUUUCCGUAUGAUGGUACAAAAGGAACGCAGCUUAGAUAUCUUGAAGGGUAAAGUGAUGGCUUCCAUGUUCUUUGAGGUCAGCACCAGAACGAGCAGUUCAUUUACAGCUGCUAUGCAGCGCUUAGGAGGAUCUGUUAUCCAUUUCUCUGAAUCCACAUCAUCUGUGCAGAAAGGCGAAUCUUUGGCAGACUCUGUUCAGACCAUGAGCUCUUACGUUGAUGUGGUAGUAUUACGCCAUCCCGAACCUGGGGCUGUGGAGGUUGCCGCCCGGCACUGUCGAAAGCCUGUGAUCAAUGCUGGUGAUGGUGUGGGAGAGCAUCCUACACAGGCACUAUUGGAUGUGUUUACCAUUAGAGAAGAACUGGGCACAGUCAAUGGGAUGACGAUAACAAUGGUUGGAGAUCUCAAGCAUGGACGGACAGUUCACUCUUUAGCUUGUCUUUUGACGCAGUACAGGGUUAAUCUGAGAUACGUUACUCCCAAAAACUUGAGGAUGCCUCCAGGUAUCAUACAUUUUGUAGCAUCAAAGGGCAUUAAACAGGAAGAAUUUGACAGUAUUGAAGAAGCCCUUCCAGACACAGAUGUACUGUACAUGACAAGAAUUCAAAAAGAGAGAUUCGCCUCAGAAGGGGAGUACAACUCAUGUUUCGGGCAAUUUAUCCUUACUCCCCAUAUUAUGACUGUAGCCAAGCAGAAGAUGGUCGUGAUGCAUCCGCUUCCUCGAGUAAAUGAGAUCAGUGUUGAAGUGGAUUGUGACCCACGGGCUGCCUAUUUCAGACAAGCGGAGAAUGGCAUGUUUAUCAGAAUGGCACUGUUGGCUACUGUCCUAGCCAGAUACUGAAGCUUUGGGAUCCGCCAAGACGUUGGUCUCCCUUCUACUGACCCACCAUUUCAGCUGAUAACUGAAGCUGUAUUUUGCUGCUAUACAAAUCAAGACCAGGGAAAAUUUUACUCAGAAGUUUUGGCAUAGCAACUGAUAGCAUAUUUUGAACUGUAAUAGUAGUUUAAGCUUUGCAUCAUGGGAUAUACAGUAAGAUAUAAAUGAAAAUGUUCUGAAAUAGCAGUUAUUUAGGUAAUCAUAGAUAUAUAUUUUCUAGAAACUUGACAUGGUGUUUUUGCUAUGAAAUACCAGAUAAAAUUUUCCCUGACUUUGAUCUUAAUUUCAUGAGAACCUUAGUUUGUGUGUCUUGGGGCCUGUGGCUCACUGUCAUCUAACCUGGUUUAAAGAACUGUGUGCUGCCUGGGAGAUUGAGUAAUGAAGUAUUGUGUUGCAGAAUACUGUUGAUCAGUAGAGAAAGCAAUAUGAAAUCUUUAAAACCACCGGGUCCACAUUAGUGGAGUUUUUAUUAAAAUCAGUGAAGUCACGUUUAAAGCCCAUUAUGAAUAUGUGUAAAGAGUGCAUGUGAAUUACAUGGGUUCUGUAUCACUGGUUUGAUACUUCAGUAUUUGUAAUUCAUUUAAAUGAAAAUGUUUUUGGCAUCACUGUCUGAGAGAUUUUGUUGUAUUUUUGGCUUUCUGCUUUCUUUCUUUGCUUUUAUUUUACAAUGUCGCGCAGAAACAACUUUAGCUGAAACAGGGUACAGUAAACUCUGUUAACCGGCACCCAUGGGUAUUGGUAGAUGCCAGAUCACUGUAGUUUCUGGUUGCUUGAGAGUUGCUAUUAAAAAUAGGCCUGAAUAAUACUGUACCCUAUACUAUUUGGUUUGACUUAUUCUCAGGUUAGGGGUGGGAUUUAUUCCCGUCUUCCUUUUAAAAACUCUAAAAACGUAAGGUAUGUUUCUGUGGGGAGAAAACAAAGUACAACACAUGAAAAUUGUACUGUAUUUCUUCGAUUUUUUUUUCUUGCCAGUUGCUAAGAGUUUACUGUAUCUUUUUCUUUAGCUUUGUUCCCCACGUUCAUUAGCACACCUCACCAGUUUUGUUUUAGUUUUCUUUCAGUGUUAGCACUAGUAUUUUCAUUGUUCAAUAUAGUAACUUGAAGCAACCACAGUGUCUGUUUUUGAGCCUGUCCAGUUACAAAAGGCUGAGAGCAAAAUGCUUGGUAUUAGACUGCCACAGCUGUAGACUGGCAGGUAUGUUUCUCUAAAAUAAAGUUAUUUUCAGUGUUGUAAGUAAAUGUACAAGUCACUUUUGUGGUCACUUAACAUUCCAAAGACCCCUUUCACUGUUUCUAUAGUGAGAUAAUUUUGAUCAGGGUAACAUUGUGUUAGUAUUGCAUAAGCUUAUUUCAUACUGUAGUGUUCAAACACACCUGUAUUAAGUUUACUAUUGGCACUCAUUUGGUGGCUCAGGAAUUUCAAUUACCUUUGGCAUAGCUUGAUUAUACAAAUCUGUUUAGAUUUUGGCAUUGUGCUCUCUGUAAAUGCAGGGAGAGCUGCUGCUUAAAAAAAAGUGGAGACUGAUACUGUGUUGACUUCAUCCAAGUUAAGUAAUUUCUAAACUGUAAUAUUGGAUAUCCACAGUGCUUUCAGAAAUGAUGCUUAAAAGCAAGCAAAGUGAUAGGUCAUUAAAUCUCCUUGAGAUGAAUUUUGACUCCCCUUUUCCAA